AGCUGUGGGAUACGCUGGUUAGCCCAGAAAUUACCACCUUGUAUGAUUUGUGAAGCAUCAUUUGAUGUUGAUGCACGUGUACUUGGAGACCCACGAGAACUGCGAUCCUCACCUGGGACUAAAGAAAAUUUUCACCACGGCAACAAUCACCAAGCAGCCCACGAUCAACCUCAUAAACUUCUGAGAGUUCAUGUCUGCUUCUGUGCAGAGCUACUUUCAAGCGGCCUACGAUUGGACAGUUUAGAAGUCAUUCACAGAUCCCUGCCAACCACUUCACACACAGCAGCAGCAAAAGCAAUGGCGUCGCAUUUCAGUGGAGUGCUUCAGCUCACGGAUCUGGAUGACUUUAUUACUCCAUCUCAGGAAUGUGUGAAGCCUGUAAAGGUGGAAAAGAAGCAGGGCAGAUCUGUGGCUAAAAUCCAGAUAGAAGAUGAUGGCAGUUAUUUUCAGGUCUAUCAGGAUGGUCAAAAGGAAAAGUUGGAGAAAGCGAAGAUUACUCUAAACGACUGUCUGGCUUGCAGUGGCUGCAUCACAUCUGCGGAGAGUGUCCUGAUCACCCAACAGAGUCACGAGGAACUGUAUCGCGUGCUACGUCAAAACAAGCAGGUCAGCAGUAGCGAGCAGAAGGUGGUGGUGGUGUCUGUGUCUCCUCAGUCGAGAGCCUCUCUAGCAGCACACUACAGUCUCAGUAGCAGCGAAGUGGCUCGUAGACUCACCAGCUUCCUGAAGAACUUGGGUGUCCAUCAUGUGUUUGACACCAGCUUCAGUCGCUCAUUUAGCCUGUUAGAAAGCCAGAGGGAGUUUCUAGAGCGAUUCAGACGGAAGGAAGUAGACAAGAAGGCUCUACCGAUGCUGGCGUCUGCCUGUCCAGGCUGGAUUUGCUAUGCUGAGAAGACUCAUGGUGAAUUCAUCCUCCCGUACAUCAGCACGACCCGCUCGCCACAGCAGAUGAUGGGUUCUCUAGUCAAGGGCUAUUUUGCCUCUCAGAAGGGUGUUUCACCACAGAAUAUCUACCAUGUGACCGUGAUGCCCUGCUAUGAUAAGAAACUCGAGGCUUCCAGACCAGACUUCUACCUCAGCGAUUACGAGACCAGAGAGGUGGACUGCGUCAUCACUUCAGGUGAAGUUCUGAAGAUGUUGGAAGAAAAGAAUGUGUCCUUGAGGGACGUGGAAGAAGUGACACCUUUAGACACGAUGUUCAGCAAUGUAUGUGGGGAGGAGCUGCUGGGUCACCCAGGAAGUGGAUCAGGAGGAUACCUUCAUCACAUCUACAAACAUGCUGCCAAACAGCUGUUUGGAAUUGGAGUAGAUGAGCUCACUUACAAGACAAUGAAAAACAAGGAUUUCCAGGAAGUCACUCUAGAGAAGGACGGUCAAAUUCUGCUGCAGUUUGCUGCCGUCUAUGGCUUCAGGAACAUUCAGAACCUGGUGCAGAAGCUGAAACGCGGAAAGUCACCUUACCACUUUGUAGAAGUUAUGGCAUGUCCGUCAGGAUGUCUGAAUGGCGGCGGUCAGCUGAAGCCUUCAUCAGAUCAAACUAACAAAGAGCUGCUGCAGCAGGUGGAGGAGUUGUACCGCGGUGAACGUACCUCAGUGCCAGAACAGGACUCGCGAGUGGCUGAACUCUAUCAGAGCUGGUUAGAGAGCGUGGGAGAGGAGAAAGCCAGACUGCUGCUGCACACGCAGUACCACGCCAUAGAAAAAAACACCAGUGGACUCGGUAUAAAGUGGUGAGGAGCCAAGAGACUCCGAACUGUUUGUUUCUUUGCCUUCCAUUAAAUGUCUGUCGCAGCGAAGUUAAACUUUAACAAGUCAAACUAUAAGAUGCAUUUGACACUACACCAGCUAUUAACAAAUGUGAUUGUUUGAAAAGACAGGUGAAGUUACAUUUUCUGCAAAUAUGCUUCUAUAAGGUAUCUGCUGAUUAAAGUUGAGGUCAGACUACAAAUCAAGUGUUUCAUAGCAGUAGGCAAUUUUUCUAUGUCCAUGAAUGUUGCCUUGUUGUUGUUUUUUUUCUUUCUUUAAAUUGUGAAUUUAUUUCUUGGAAAGUGUUGAAUGCACAAGAUGUAAUGGAUGUUACUAUGUAGUAUGCACUGAAAAUGAUAUUUUUUGUCUUCUUUUUUAAGAUAUAUUUUGAUUUAUGAAGAUAAUAAAUAUAUGAUUGAAUGUUAAAAAAAAUGCAAAAAAAAAACAGUAUUAAAUAUUAAAGUAUUAAAGUUAAAUUAGUCCUGCUAUUAUUAAUGUGCAAUUAUUAUAAUUUUAGGUAACACUUUACAAUAAGGCUCAUUAGUUAACGUUAGUUAAUAACAUUAGUAAACAUGAACUAAGAAUGAACAAUACUUCUACAGCAUUUAUUAAUCUUAGUUAAUGUUAAUUUCAGCAUUUACUACUGUAUUAUUAAAAUCACAAGUUGUGUUUGUCAAGAGUUAAUGCACUGUGAACUAACAUGAAUAAACAAUGAACAACUGCAUUUUCAUUAACAAAGUUUAAUAUAGUGUAAUAAAUGCAUAGUUCAUCGUUUGUUCACGUUAGUUAAUAUUUUAUU